UUACUACCUAGUAAUAAAUAAAUGGAAUGUUAGUUGAGGGUGUCCAAAUACAAAAGGGUAUUGCGAAUACAGAGAGAUUGAGUUGAGAUGGAAGAUUCAGGAGCGAUUCUAUGUCAAAUCUCCGUUUACAAGGACAUGCUUGAUCAGGUCAAUUCGGAAAUCGAGACGAACAUUCAAGUGACGCGAGAGAUCGAAUCGGAUAUCGUCAAGUGUUCUGAGAUUGAAUCGUCUCUCUCCGUCAAGGAAUCCGAUCUUACUAGAUCGUUCCUCGCUUCUCAGUACGAGCUCACCGGCUUGAUCUCCGUAACAGGCGAUUCAAGAAACUCUCUGAAGCUAUUGGAUGAUGAGAUUCGUCGCCUGAGGAACGAAGACUCUGAGAGAUUCAGAAGGAUAACCGAAAAGAGGGAAGGGUUUGUGAAGAUGUGCUUUGAGUUUCAGAGGGAGAUUUGUGCUGAUGGAGAUAGUGAAUUGAGGAGUUUGUUGUGUGAGAGGGAGUUUCUUGAAAAUGAAGUUCGAGUGUUAGAGGAGAAGACCUCAGAUGUGCAGAACUCGAUUUUGGCUUACAUGGAGGAUGAAAUGAUCAAUCUAUUGUCUCAUUAGUUUCUCAUAUCAGGAUUGGAAUGUAAGUAGCACUAGUGACUUUGAUCUUUAACAAAGAACAAAAAAUUCUCUUUUUUUUUAUUGGUUAUCUUAAUCUUUAGAUAUCGAUUGUUUGCUUAA